AUGGGUGCUAGUUCCGGUUUAAUUGAACCGGAAUCGAAUUCAAGACCACUACUAACUUAUCGCCAACACGGAAGCCCUAAUUCCCAAAUUUCGGAGCUUCCUUCUCUCACCCAAACGGAGAUCUCAAAUCGACGAACAGGAAGAAUGAGUAGCCGUUCGAGUAGAACUGUGUACGUUGGAAACCUUCCUGGUGAUAUCCGCGAGAGAGAGGUUGAAGAUUUGUUCAGUAAGUAUGGACCUGUUGUUCAAAUUGAUUUGAAGGUACCGCCAAGGCCUCCUGGCUACGCAUUCGUAGAGUUUGAUGAUCCUCGGGAUGCUGAAGAUGCUAUCCAUGGUCGGGAUGGUUAUGACUUUGAUGGGCAUCGUUUGCGGGAUCACAUGCGUAAAGGAGGGGACGUCUGUUUCUCUCAAGUGUACCGUGAUGGUAGAGGUACAACUGGAGUUGUGGAUUACACCUGCUAUGAGGACAUGAAGUAUGCGGUGAAAAAGCUCGAUGACACAGAGUUUAGGAACGCGUUUUCUCAAGGAUAUGUUCGGGUCGCCUGGAAAACCUACAUCAAGAUCUCCUGUCCCCCGCUCGAAGUCAAGGUCACAUUCUCCGAAAAGAUACGGAUUUACAAAUGGACUAGAAAAUGGGAAUUAAUAUCUGGAUGGAAUGUUGUUCUCAAGUGUUUCAACACAGAGAUGGAUAACAGUGGAGACAUUCGAUCGCAAUAUUAUAUCGGGAUUUCAGGAAAAACUAAAUUGGCCCGAUGGAUGAUGACAAUAUGGAAUCUUGGGUUUCUCGUUUGGUUUAAGCUACUUCCUUUUUGUUGCAACUUCUUGAUCCCUGAUGGCAAAGGCAUCAAGGAUCUUGAUCUCGUUCAAGAUCAAGAUCUCCUCUACCUCCUCUUCAGAUGGAAGCAAGCAAGAGCCCUAGCAAGCCAAUCCCAGCUACGAGCCCUAUCCGAAGCAGGAGCCCAUCUCGGUAAAAUGUGA